GCAGAAGAGAAGAGGUAAUGGCAGUUCAAGGCUCUCUGGUGUUGGUGUUGGUGUUUGGUUUCACAGUGCUAGUGAAUCUGUAUGUUCACGCAGCUGCUGUUGUUCCAAGUAAUGUCUCUGUUCCGUUCAGCCGGAGUAGCUUCCCGGAAGGUUUCAUUUUCGGGACCGCAUCCGCUGCUUACCAGUAUGAAGGUGCCGCAUUUGAGGAUGGUAAAGGCCCAAGUAUUUGGGACUAUUUCACUCACAAAUAUCCAGGUAAAAUAGCGGAUCACAGUAAUGGAGAUGUGGCUGUUGAUUCAUAUCAUCGUUAUAAGGAAGAUGUGAGUAUAUUGAAGCAAAUGGGAUUGGAUGCCUAUAGAUUCUCCAUCUCUUGGCCCAGAUUACUACCCAAGGGAAAGCUUAGUGGAGGAGUGAACAAGGCCGGCAUCAGAUAUUAUAACAACCUCAUCAAUGAGCUUCUAUCCAAUGGUAUCCAGCCCUUCGUGACUAUCUUUCACUGGGAUAGUCCCCUAGCACUUGACAAGGAGUAUGGUGGUUUCUUAAGUCCUCACAUCAUAAAUGACUAUAGGGACUAUGCGGAUCUUUGCUUUAGAGAAUUUGGUGACCGUGUGAAGCAGUGGAUCACCUUCAAUGAGCCAUAUAUCUACAGCACUUAUGGAUAUGCCACAGGCAAUUUGGCUCCUGGUAGAUGCUCUAAAGAGGUGAAUUCAAAUUGUAUUCCUGGGAACUCUGGGACUGAGCCCUACAGGGUGGCUCACCACAUACUUCUGUCUCAUGCUGCUGCAGUAAAACUGUACAAGAAAAAGUAUCAGAAAUCUCAAAAGGGAAAGAUAGGAAUCACAUUGGUGUUACACUGGAUGGUACCAUUCUCAAGCAGCAAAUCUGACAUUGCUGCCGCCCAUCGAGCUAUUGAUUUCAUGUUCGGAUGGUUCAUGAACCCAUUGACCUAUGGUGAAUAUCCCCAAAUCAUGAAAUCUCUUGUUGGUGAUCGGCUACCAAAGUUCUCGAAGAAACAAUCUCACAUGGUUAAAGGGUCAUUUGACUUCCUUGGAUUAAACUAUUAUACUGGAAUUUAUGCAGCUGAUGUAGAGAGCAGUACUGGUACCAAUAUAAUCUCAUCCACAACAGAUUCUCGUGUUAACCUUACAUUUUCAAAGAAUGGGGCACUCAUUGGUCCAGCGACUGGUUCAGAUUUAUUCUAUGUCUAUCCGAAGGGAAUUCGAGAAAUUUUGAUCUAUACAAAGAAAAAAUACAAAAAUCCCACUAUUUUCAUUACUGAAAAUGGGUUUGGUGAGGUUAACAAUAGCAGCCUACCCUUGCAAGAAGCUCUCAAGGAUGACAGGAGAGUUGAUUUUUACCAUCGCCAUCUAUGGUUUCUUAGAAAGGCCAUCGAGGAUGGUGUGGAUGUGAGAGGAUACUUUGCAUGGUCAUUGUUGGACAACUAUGAAUGGAGUAGCGGCUACACGAUUAGAUUUGGCAUUAACUAUGUAGAUUAUAAAGACGGGUUGAAGAGAUACGCAAAGCACUCGGCCAUUUGGUUCAAGAAAUUCCUCAAGAAAUAGAAUUUAUUAUUUUUAGUAAUUUCGUUUUAUCCCCUCCACCUAAUUGAUUGGGGCUGGAUGGGAUGAUC